UUUAAAGCAUCUGGCAUCCCUAAUUUUGAUAUUUGACUAUGGCGCUCUUCCUCGCCCUCUUUCUCGGAGCUUCUCUCCUCUCCUCUGCUAGGGCUCAUGGCGAUCACAAGGAGAAUGCAGCGCAAUGCCGCGGCCCGGCGUCGAAUCUGGCAGUCGUCUCCGCGGAAUACAUUCCCGGGAAGAUCACUGUGGAUGGAGCUGCCGCCGAUUGGGAUGCGGUGGAAGGGAUCCAGUUCUCGCUGUACCCGGCGUUGGAUCCAGCGUCGGGCGAUCCUUAUCCAGGCAAGAUGACCGUCAAGGCUGCUCACGAUGGUCGCGAUCUCUUCUUUCUUCUGAAAAUCCCAGGGAGCUAUCAGUACAAGCAGAGUGUAAAACGCGCAAGUCCUUCGGUAGCUCUCAUGUUUCCCAUCGGUGAUGACGCGACUUACGUCGAUAUGGGAGGUUGCUCAGAGAGCUUGAAUUGCUCGAAACAAAGCUGUGGAGGUCACGAAGUGGAUAUAAUGCAUUUCUCCAUUAGCGAUGCCGUCCCUGGUCGGAGCUAUGGCGCAAACCUUGCGGACAAUCUCAAUGGAACUGGCCGGGACAGCACUGGAAGCCUUCACGAUCUCUACGCUUGGAAUCCUCAUUGCCGCUAUUACGAUGGCAUCGGUCCAAAUGGACCGGAAGCGAACGGUGGUGCACAAAACGAUUGGAAGGGAGUUUGGAGCCAUACCAGCAUCGAAAACCAAUAUGGAUUGACAACUGCGGAUAGUCCAUACGGAGCAUCAGCUAGCGCUGGAAGCUACAUUUUCGAGUUCUCGAGACCGUUACAAACGUCAGAUCGCCUCCAACAGGAUGCUCAGUUUAGCAUUGGAAAGAGCCACAGAUUCGCUUCAGCGUUCUGGUUCCCGGUGAACAACGUGGAAUGGAGUCCAAUGCAGCACUUCUCGAUGAACUGCGAGUGGACUCCUCUGAGAAUCGUGGCUGCCGAGAACGAGAGAGCCGAAUCGGCCAUCCUUGCCACAUCCAUCAGCACCUUUUCGCUCGUCUUCGCGGUGGGAUCGAUGCUCGUCUCCGCCGCGAUUGCCUGGUGGGUGAAAACUAACAAGCAGGGCCGAUUUACACCCAUUAGCGACACCUUGUGACAAUGAUUAUGAUUUAAUAUCUUUAAAUUCCAUAUGUAUAGAAAAAAUCGCAAGAUAAAAACGAAGAAGAAGCUCCUGCUAGCUUCCUGA